AAAGAUGAGGUGGCUAGGUACCCACUUAAUCAUUAUUCUCCUCUCUGUCUUCCCAUAAAUACUAACCCAUUCUUCCUCAUCCACUCACACUCCUCUUUCUGCAUCUCUCUCCAAACAAUCUCUCUCUCUCUGCAUAAUUGCCACAAUUUUGGUUAACAAUGGGCAAAGAAGAAGUGUCAGAGCAAACCCAUGAGUACUCCGGCAAGGACUACCAAGACCCCCCACCAGCAGCAUUCAUUGGACUAGAUGAGCUUGGUAAAUGGUCAUUUUACAGAGCUGUCAUAGCUGAGUUCAUAGCCACCUUACUCUUCCUCUACAUCACUGUACUAACUGUCAUUGGUUACAAGAGCCAGUCCGCCACUGACCAAUGCGGUGGCGUUGGCCUUCUCGGUAUCGCAUGGGCCUUCGGUGGCAUGAUCUUCGUUCUUGUCUACUGCACUGCCGGUAUCUCUGGAGGACACAUUAACCCUGCAGUGACAUUUGGAUUGUUUUUGGCAAGAAAAGUGUCACUAAUCAGAGCAGUUAUGUACAUGGUAGCACAGUGUUUGGGUGCUAUUUGUGGAGUAGGUUUAGUGAAGGCUUUCCAGAAGUCUUACUACAACAAGUAUGGUGGUGGGGCCAAUGAGUUGGCUGAUGGUUACAACAAGGGUACUGGUCUAGGUGCUGAAAUUAUUGGCACAUUUGUUCUUGUUUACACUGUUUUCUCUGCUACUGACCCUAAGAGAAAUGCCAGAGAUUCUCAUGUCCCUGUGUUGGCUCCUCUUCCUAUUGGAUUCGCCGUGUUCAUGGUUCACCUUGCCACCAUUCCCAUCACUGGAACUGGAAUUAACCCUGCCAGAAGCUUUGGAGCUGCGGUUAUUUACAACAAAGACAAGGCCUGGGAUGAUCAAUGGAUUUUCUGGGUUGGACCAUUCAUCGGCGCAGCCAUUGCUGCAUUCUACCACCAAUACAUUCUGAGAGCAGCAGCACUCAAGGCGCUCGGGUCUUUCAGGAGCAAUGCCUAGGAAAUUUUAAAAUUUCGCAAAGCAUUGAGAUCUGUCUCUAGCUCGAUACAAGAUGCUAAUUCAAUCUGAGGCAAUGGCAAGGAAUUGUAAUUAUUUGUAAUUUUCUCUGAGGUUAUUAAGUUUGUAAUUUCCUCUUUGUUGUAUUUGUAUCUUUUGUGGUUGUAAUCAUCUUUUGUUUCCUUUUCUCCUUUAAUAAUAUUCUCUUCUUUAUUUUU